AUGGGAGGAAGAAGAAAAUCGAAUAGGAUGCCAAAAAAAGAAAAGGUUUAAUCAAUUAAGACUAUAUUUGAUUGUGCACUUUGCGGCUAUAAGAAUUGUGUAAUUGUUAAAAUAAAAAAAGUCAUUAAGAUUGCAGAAUUAAAUUGUGAUAAAUGUCAAGCUGCAUUUACAACUAAAAUCAAAGGACUAGAUGAAGCUAUUGAUGUAUAUCACAAAUGGUUGGCUGACCUGAAGCAAAAAAAACUUACUAAGGAAUAACCAGAAACUAGAUUCGAUGAUAAUUCAAGUGCAGAUGAAGGAGCUGGAAGAAAUGUAGAAGAAAUCCUGAAGGAUUAAGGAGAUGCUGAUAAUAAAUCCUAAUUUAGUGCUGAUUCAUUAGAUGAAAAAAAACCAUAACAAACCAAUAAUAAUGAAAAAAGCAAUAAAGGUAAAUUAAAGAAGCAGCACUCAGAGGAGGACGAUGAUGAAGAUGAUGACGAUGAUGAUAUUUCAGAUGAUUCAAAAUUAGAUUCUGAAAAACUCUCAGAUAUUGACAGUUUACUAAGUGACGCUGAUGAUGCUGAGGAAAUCAUAAAGAAAUUUAGAAAACGCUGA